AUGGAACAAGAACUGCAAGUAUUUUUUUCUCUAUUAUCUGUUUUGUCGCCUUAUAUAAUUUGUUUAGGAAAGAAAAGGACAUUGGCCAACAUGGGCCAUGGUUCUAGUUGCAGUUUGCAUAGUGCUAUCAUUGCUUGCUUUUUUGUUGGGAAACUUUAUCACAAAGAAAACAGUUACUAACAGGUAAACUAGUUUUCUAAGUUUUACUUUUCGGAGAGCUUUAUCAUUUCUGUCUAUAUCCGAUCUUGUCUUCAUGACAACAGCAAGACUACUAAAAAUCAAGUUGUAUUCUGGAAAUUUCUAUUCAACUUCAAACCAUAUUGUCCACAACUUUUGCCAAACAAUUAUUGCUAAAACAUCUAAACUAACAAAUGAUUUAUUACUGCUAAAUGUGUUUGUUUUACAGAAACAAAAGUCUCACACGUCAAAAUGGCAAAGAACGCGAGAGAAAAUGGGGAGCUGGCUUUUCAGGCGGAUUGUGGGCUGCAGCUUGA